AUGGAUGCCUCUACAAGUGAGACGGAGACGUUCACCGUCGACGAACAGACCAAAAAGCACGUUCCACUAUACCACCCCAAUAAAUCCUCCAAGACCAAAGUUUCUUACCACUACAAUCCAGAAGUGGCAAACUACCACUACGGCACUUUACACCCAAUGAAGCCUUUCCGACUAAUGUUAACUGAUCACUUGGUGAGUACGUACAAGCUUCAUGAAAAAAUGGACUUGUACACGCCAAGGAAAGCUACACAGGAAGAGUUGUUGCAAUUCCAUUCUGAAGAUUACAUCGACUUUCUUCAGUCAGUGACUCCAGAAACGGUGAAAACAUUAAGUGAUCAAACAUUGGCAAAAUUCAAUAUAGGUGACGAUUGUCCUGUUUUUGACGGAAUGUUUGAUUACUCGUCCAUUUAUGCUGGGGCAUCUUUAGAUGCAUCGAGGAAAAUUCUUGCAGGCAUGGCCGACAUCGCAAUAAAUUGGUCUGGAGGACUACAUCACGCCAAAAAGUUUGAACCAAGCGGAUUCUGCUACAUAAAUGAUAUAGUCUUGUGCAUCAUAAAUCUAUUGAGAAUACAUCCAAGAGUAUUGUACGUAGAUAUCGAUUUACAUCAUGGGGAUGGAGUCCAAGAGGCAUUUUACACAACCGAUAGAGUAAUGACGGUUAGUUUCCACAAAUAUGAUGGUGAAUUUUUCCCUGGGACUGGUUCAGGUGAUGAAGCUGGUAUAGGCAAAGGUAAGAAUUUUGCCAUUAAUGUGCCAUUGAGAGAUGGGAUUGAUGAUGAAUCGUAUGUGGCAUUGUUUAAGCUGAUUAUGCAAGUUGUGAUGCCCAAGUUCCAACCUUCUAUCAUUGUUGCACAAUGUGGUGCAGAUUCCUUAGGUGGUGACCGUUUAGGGAGAUUUAACUUGUCCUUGAAAGGACAUGGUAAUUGUUUAAAUUUUCUCAAGAGCUUUGGAAUACCGAUGGUGGUUUUGGGAGGUGGAGGAUAUACACCCAAAAACGUUUCAAGAUUGUGGUGUUACGAGACGGCGGUUUUAACUGACACAACAUUGAAUGGGAAAAUUCCAAACUACGGGGGUACUUCUCAAUGGUUUGGUGACGAGGGACUUCAUCCCGAGUUAACGGGGAAGAUUGAAAACAAAAACACAAAGAGGUAUUUGGAAAGUGUACUACAGAACAGCCUCGAGCAUCUUAGAUACUUGGACUAUGCUCCAUCUGUUCAAAUGUAUGAAAUACCUCCCGAGCUCUAA